GUAAAUUAGCAAAUUACAACUCUAAGUACAUUUAGUUGUCACCCUGACCGAAAGAACAAAUAGAUCACAAAAUGGAGAUAACCUACGUCUACACCAAGAUACGCAGUGAGUUUGGCCGACCUUGUCAAUUUUCUGAUCAGCCUGUGGAAUUGAUUGUUGACAUCUCUCCAGAUCCAACUCUGGCUGCUAACUUUAUAGAGAGAGACAUUCGUGAUUUCGCCAUACAGUGUUCUCAAGAUAUGUCUGUGCAUGAGGUAAAUACAGUGUGUGUUGAGUCACUAACCAGUAGUAUUAACCAUGUGGAGGGUGGCUGGCCCAAAAAUAUUGAUCCUCUAAACAUUGAUGAGACUGAUCGCCACAAGAAGAAAGCGCUAAAAGAUGAGCACUGCGUCAACUCUAUGAGGUCCCUGAUCAGCAGCACGGUGCACAAUGUCCAACAAAACAAUGCCGGUGACAUAUAUCAUCUAUACUAUGAGGAUGAUGAGAUGGUGGAGGAGACUCCAGACCAGCCAUCAGCAAGGGCUAUCACUUUUUUCAGAGACCCUAAUGAAGUCAAACGCACUGCCACAAGUCUUUCCUGGCAUCCCACUGGCAGCCCUAAGAUGGCAGUGGCCUAUUCUUGCCUGGAGUUUCAGAGAGCCACUGAGGAAAUGAGCUUUGACUCCUACAUAUGGGACUUUGAGAGCUCCAGCAAGCCAGACAUGAUUCUGAAGCCUGUAUCUCCUCUCAUCUGUCUGGAGUACAACCCCAAAGACUCACAUAUCCUGGCCGGGGGCAGCUACAAUGGACGGAUUGCCUACUGGGAUACUCGGAAAGGCACCCAGCCAGUGGAAAUGUCCAAGUUAGAGCAUAGCCAUCAGGAUCCCGUCUACAAAGUCAUCUGGUUGCAGUCAAACAUAGGAACUGAUAUCUUCUCUGCGUCCACUGAUGGUCAGGUGCUGUGGUGGGACAUCCGUAACAUGGCUAAGCCCACAGAGAGGAUGGUGCUGGACCUCAGCAAAGAGGGCAACCUGGAUAAAGCCAUAGGAGCCGUUUCACUAGAAUUUGAAGCUACUAUGCCCACUAAGUUCCUGGUAGGGACAGAAAAAGGUCUGGUGCUCUACUGCAAUUCAAAGGCCAAGACUCCAGCAGAGAGUAUUGAGUGUACAUUCAGUGGCCAUUACGGCCCAGUGUACGCCAUACAAAGAAACCCCUUCUUCCCCAAAAACUUUCUCACUGUGGGAGACUGGACAACACGCAUUUGGUCUGAAGACAUUAAGGAGUCUUCAAUCAUACUGAUGAAACCUGAAAUGACAUACCUGAUGGACGCCUGCUGGAGUCCAGUUAGACCGUCUGUGUUCUUCACCGUCAAGAUGGAUGGAAUGCUAGAUGUGUGGGACAUCCUUUCCAAGCAGAAUGAGCCAAUGCUCCGCCGCCAAGUGUGCAGUGACGCUCUGUACAGCUUACGGGUGCAGGAUAAUGGGCGCUUCCUGGCAUGUGGCUCCCACAGUGGUUUGGUCACACUGUUGGAGAUCUCACAAGGUCUCUGUACCCUGCAGAGGAACGAGAAGAGCCUGGUUGCUUCUAUGUUUGAGCGUGAGACCAGACGAGAGAAGCGCAUCCAAGGAAUGUUAAAAGCAGAGGGACCUUAAAGAGCUAGGCUACUCCCAGCAGAGCAAAAAUGACGACACAUGGAGGAAGACGGACAGAGGAUGAAUUUUUUCAUGAUUUGGAUUUGAUGUCAAAAUAAAAUAAGAGAGGAGGAGAAGAAGAGGCUCAGCACACAAUUACCCUUCAGAUAUUUAAGUGUGCAAGUUAUCAAAUAUUGAAAAAUCUGACUAAUAUUAAGCUU